AUGAAAAAGUCAAAGACAAUCAAUAUCACUGGAGAUAAAGAAAUUCUUGACAUCUUAGGAUUUAGACCACCCCAUCAUAUCGAUUUAACAGAAUUCCAACCAAAAAUUCAGAUUACACAAGACUUAAAUUCUAAUAUUCUUCACUUACUUGCUGGUGUUAGAACAUCAAAAAUAGAUAAAUCUGAAAUAAAAAAAGGAUGUACAAGUGAAACUCCUUUAUUUGCACACUCAGAAAAAGAAUUCAAAAACCCUCAAGAAGAAAAAGAAGUUAAUGAAAAUACUAACCUAAUAAGUAAAGAAAUUGUUCCAUCUGAUUAUAGCUUAAUAGAUAUUUCUUGUAUCCCCAAAGAACCCUCUCAGGCUUUAUCUGUAUUAAAACCUAAUAAGAAGAAAGUUAAAGAGAGAAAUGGAACUACUAAGUUAGAGAUUGGAAUGCACACAGCAAUAAUGCCUUCUUACCUUAACCAUAUAACUAAUAAUAAAAGAACUAAAACAAAACCAUUGAUGAUUGGAGUUCAACAACUUCUAAAGAAACCUCCAACACCAACAAAAAAAAGAAUUACUGAAACAACACAUAUACAAACAAUGAAUCGACUAGAAAAAAGGAAGUCAUUAGAAAUCAAACAUAACACAAAUGAACAAAUAAAACGAACUGAACACGUUCUAAAAGAAACACACAAAACAAUUGCAGAUACUCAAUCAUUAAUAAAAAAAAUAGAACGUCAAACCACUGCAACAAACGAUAUUAAAGAGUUUAAAGAACGGAACGCUGCUAACAGAGCAAUUAAAUUAAGAGCAGAAAAGGUUAUUCGUGAAAUUGAUCGUAAAAGAAAAUCUUUAAUAAAUAAAACAGAAAUAGAAACACGUGCCAAACGAAUGACACUACCACAAUUACCAAAUUAUUUAAAACAAGCCAUUAAGAAGAAAAAAACAGAGGCUAUUAAAAGUAAGUCAUUGUAA